AUGGUGCACUACAGAUCCGCCGACCCCAACCCUUUAUUGCUACGCGACGAUUUUCGGGUCGAACGAGCCGUGCUCGAAGACAAUGAGCUUAGAAGGCUGAUGUGCAUCACCAGAAGAUUGGUGAAAUGCCGGUUGAGGAUCAUUCGGAAACGAGAGAAAGGCGAUAGCAGGGAUCCUGGACUUGUUCCAAGCAGCUCGUCGUCUGGGAUGCAGAAGGCAGAGAUCAUCGCUCAAGACCUUAGCGUCCGUAUGCUCGUCGAAACAAAUCGUGGGACGGACUUCCCCAUUGGGAUACCUACGACUGCUCGAUCAGACCGUACCGAAGCCACUUGUGGACGGGCAAAUUUAUGCACAAACGAAUCAGCUUCCCAAUCGCCACCCUCGAAGGUUCCACUCAGCCUGUGGUACGCCCUGGACAUCUUGGGCAGGUCUACUUCUGCGGGAAAGAGAACCGAGAUUCGUCUCGUGAAACCAGCUCGAAGAAGCUGUCAUAUCACGACAUACACCAAAAGGAACCCUGAACUAGGAACAGAUUCGGCGAUCAUCGUUAGUGGAAGCGACGUACCGCCUAAUGGA